AUGUGGGGGCAACUUGGCGAUGAUCUGAUCUCACCGUGGAGAGGAAAGGGGUGGAGGGAUUCCGAAAAGGCAAGGAGGGAGAAGCCUCAGGGGUCUACCAUGAGCUCAACAAGUAUCCGAACCGGCUCCUUUCUAUACACAAGAGGCCAAGAACAAGUGCUGGAGGCAAAAGAUGGGGAAGAACAAGGCCCAGCUGCCGAGGUUCUGCUGAUCUGUUGGGAUCAGGUGAUCGUCUGGGGACUUUCCGUUUCUGGACUAGCGGUAGACUGCGUAGCUGUCCAUCAGACCAUCCAAGCGUGA